CUAAGCAGAAACAUUAUUUUUGGUUAUAUUGUUAUACAUUUUCGUGUUAUUCGUUUAUGUGAUAUUAUAAAAAUGAGACGAAGAGCAGGUGUUGGUGCUAUCCAAAAACAUAAAAUUGCUCAAGAAAAAUACAAGGAUAAAGGGAAUGAGAUUCAAGAGAAUCAAUUCGAGCAGAUGACUAAACAACUGGAGGUUUUCCGAAUCAAUUUAGAAGAUUUUGCUACCAAACACAAAAAUGAGAUUAGAAAGAAUGCAGAUUUCAGAAGGCAAUUCCAGGAGAUGUGUGCCACAAUAGGUGUCGACCCAUUAUCAUCCGGAAAAGGCUUUUGGUCAGUCCUCGGGAUUGGUGAUUUCUAUUAUGAAUUAGCAGUGCAAAUUGUUGAAGUCUGCUUGGCUACCAAUGAAAAGAAUGGUGGAUUGAUUAGUUUAAGUGAAUUAAGAACAAGACUAAUUAAAGCCAGAGGCCAAGGUAAGCAACACCAGGAGAUUAGUAUGGAUGAUUUGAUUUGUGCUGCCAAGAAAUUGAAAAUAUUUGGAAGCGGAUUCUCUGUUGUGUCAGUGGGCAAAGGCCAAUAUAUGGUUCAAUCAGUACCAGGAGAAUUAAGCAUGGAUCACACCGCUGUACUGCAUCAAGCAGCAAGUUUUGGUCAAGCUUAUGCAUCAGUAAAUAUGUUGAGGACACAAUUACAUUGGGAAGAACAAAGAUGCAGCAGAGCAUUGGAUCAUAUGCUGAAAGAGGGUUUAGCUUGGAUCGAUUUACAAGAGCCAACAGAAAAACGUUAUUAUUUCCCUAGUAUGUUUACUGCAUGUAUAAACUCUAAAUAAAAAUGUAUAUAAUUG